AUGGGUUCGGAACCCAGAUCUGAUUCAUGGAGUAGGGAUGAGGCCUCGUACUCCACCGCCUUCAUAAUCGAGAAGGCUGAGGGCGGCGGAGGAGAGAGGAGUUUGUCGGAGGUGUUGAGAAUGUGUUGCCGGAGGAUGGAUUCGAAGGGAUUGGUGAGGUUUCUGUUGGCGAAGAGGAAAGAGUCGGUGGCGCUAAGGGCGGAGAUCGCGGCGGCGGCGGAGGAAUCGAUGGACGUGAUGAGGCUGGUGCUGGAUACGGUGGAGGAGUUUGUGGAGAUGAAGGUGGAGGGGAAGGUUGGGAUGGUGGACAAGAGUGACGUUGGUGAUAUAGUUGAUGUUUGUUGA